CUCCGCGCAGGGCGGGCCGGGUCGGGAUGGGGCUGGAGCUGUACCUGGACCUGCUCUCGCAGCCCUGCCGCUCCAUCUACAUCUUCGCCCGGAGCAACAACAUCCCCUUCGAGUUCAAGCACGUGGAGCUGUUCAAAGACUCGGUGCUGGGGAAGAGGCCGGCGGCGGGGAGCGGCGCGGAGCAGCCCCGUGCAGAGCCAUCAAAUAGCCAAGGCACUGGCAAAGUCAGCCUCUUAAAGAAAGUACCAGCACUGAAGGACGGAGACUUCACCCUCGCGGAAUGCACUGCCAUUCUGCUGUACCUGAGUCGAAAGUACAACACUCCUGACCACUGGUACCCAUCAGACAUACAAAAACGGGCCCGGGUAGAUGAAUACCUCUCCUGGCAUCAUGCCAACAUCCGGGCUAAUGCUCCUAAGACCAUGUGGAUCAAGGUGCUGAUUCCCCUCUUCACAGGGCAGCCACUGCCCUCCGAGAAGCUCCAGGAGGUUAUGGAGGGUCUGUCCACUUCCCUGAAGCAAUUUGAGGAGAGGUUUCUGCAGGACAAGGCUUUUAUCAUUGGGAGCGAGAUCUCCCUGGCAGAUCUUGUGGCCAUUGUGGAGCUGAUGCAACCUGUUGGAGUUGGUUGUGACAUCUUCGAGGACAGACCCAGGCUGAUGGAGUGGCGCAGGCGGGUGGAGGAUGCUGUGGGGAAAGAGCUUUUCUUCCAAGCCCAUGAGAUGAUCCUCAAUAUCAGAGAACUGAGCAACAUUCAAAUUGAUCCACAGCUGAAAGAGCAACUGGCACCUGUGCUGAUGAAGAUGUUGAAAUGAAUUAACCUAUCUUGCAAUUUUUCCUGCCUUUUUUUUUCUUUUUUUUUAACUUCUUCUGUGACCUCCAGUUCUACAUGUAGCUGGAAAGAGCACUGUAAUUCUAACACAGAAAUUGCAGAGUGUUUCCCCCCUGGCCAGGCCUUUCUUGUAUCUUUGGGGGUAGAAGCUGGGGAAGGUUUAAGAACUGAAACAUUAAAUUUAUACAGAAGGCUGAGGCCCUACAGGUCACUUAAUAUGCAUCUGGAUUUUAUUUAAGAGUCAGUCUUUUCAGCAGUGCUAGAAACAAGAACGGUAUUUCCUGACAGAAUCUGAGCCAGCCUAUAAACUGGGAACAUUAGAGAACUGAAGAGGAUGAGGAUUGUUGUUUUCACGAGUUUUUAACAUUUACACUGCAAAGUGUGCCUAAUUCUCAUCUUCGAGGACAUGUCUGCACAGGCAAUUACAGCACAAAACUACUUCACAAAAGUGAAAAAAAGAAUUUGAUUUUUUUUCUUAAGUUUCUUAUUUCUGAGGCAUCUUGCUUGGCUGUCCAUGUACAUUCCACAGUUCUAGCUGCCUUUAGGUUCCUGUGAGAAAUUUCUUUGUAUUCCUCUACAACUGUGAAUCUUUAUAAUUCUUCAGUUUAACCACUGCUUUUGAUUUCUGAAAGCCUGAGUUCCCUUGGUGCUCAGUCUGCCAGUACACGUGUGGCAGGGGCUGUUCUUGGAGAUCUGUGCAGGAAAGACCAAGUCACUUCAACAAGCUGGUGGUGGCCACAGCCUUGGAAUCAUUGCCUGCCUAAAAUACCAUGUUGAUAUUAUAGAGGGAGUACUCUGAAAGAAUGCAUUCACUGUGAUUUCUUGAAAGAAUAUGUAACAGUAAACAAAUGAUUUUUUUUCUGUGGUAAUACUGUAAUAGCAAUCCACAUUCCUCCUAGAAAAUGGAUAGGGGGAAUAAAUGCAGACGGGGAAUAAAUGCAGACCUGCUCCUCUGAGACUGUUUUGGAUGGAGGUUCACCAAGUAAGUCACCCUGUGCAGCUGAAGUAAUAAGAGAGAUUUUGUGGCAUUGAGCAACAUAUGUCUCACAAUAGAAGGGCAGAGAGUUGUUUUGCA